UGAAUACAGUGAUUAUAAUAACCUCUCAUAAAUUUUACUUUCUCCCUCAUCUACGCAUUACCAUAUGUACCCGCACACUUUGUUUCUAUCUCUCUUUUUCUCCUUAACUUUUUUCAACAACCGCAUACAUUCAUCGCACCUCCAACAAACAAUAAAACUAACAACCCUCACUAGUACCAGAUGAUCUGCACAGCUCGAGGCGACAACUGCAAGAUGUCGAUAUUAAUCGUACACUCGAUCGUUGCCUCAGUGUAAUCGAAGAGUCGAGCAAAGUGCUGAGCGGGUCGGCAGCUUCAGCGCUGGCGCAUCGUAAGCCAUUGACUGCCUCGACGCUACAAGUGUCGGUCAUAAGCUAUUUGAGUCGCUUUCUAAAACGUAGCGUAUUCGAGAAGAUACGAUUGCGACAAACGCGACUCGAUCACAAUCUCUUCGAUAUUAUUUGGCCCUCAAUGCGUAAGACUUCGAAAGUGCGUCUACUCGAGGAGGAUAUAAAUUGUGGCGUCAUAGCGCCGGAUUUCGAUGUGUUUGUCGUCUUUCAGGAGUUUCUCGUGCCACUCAUUAAAGAUAUGCAUUGCAUGAGUAUAAAUGAGGAUUUUAAACCACAUCCGCGCAUUGCUUUCUUUCCGAUGGAGAAUGGCGUGCGGCUCAAUACGGCCGGCUUUAUUUUUGAUGACGAAUCAAAUCUUAUACAACGUUGUACCGUAGAGUGUUCAAGAAACUUAGAAGGUUUCGAGUUGCCCGUUAAUUUGACAAUUGGACAAGUGGAACAGGCCGAACGCAUGAUUAUGAGUAAAAUAUUCACUAAUCACUUCGUUGAGGCUAUCGGUGAGACCGAGUCGGGCAGCUAUUAUACAUUAACCGAGAUACUGGAGGAGAACUCCGAAAUAUAUGCAACGCUGCAGCAGUUGGGUCUCUUGAUACCGCUGCUGGAUAUGAAAGAUACAGUGCAGGGAGCCGAAUCGUUGGCUAUCAAUGGCAACCUCUGGCCUUAUGGACGUGGUGUAUACGUUAACUCGGCGAAUAAUUUGGCACUUUGGUUAAACUGCCAGGAGCAUUUGCGCGUGAUCUCCACAUCGAGUGGCGCGAAUGCCGCCAAUAUGGGUGCGGCAUAUACGCGUGUUGGACGCGUCAUUUCGUUUCUGGAACGUGAGCUACACUUUAAGGAGAGCUAUUUUUUGGGUUAUCUGCAAGCGCGUCCAUCCUACUUGGGUACAGGCUUAAAAUUUACAACAACAAUUAAUCUGCCAAAUCUGAUGAAAGAAGUGGACAAUUUGCGUCAUCUGAGCUUGGUGCGUGGUCUGAAUCUCAUCACUUGCGCUAUGUCCAAAUCGGAUGUACAGUUAGUGAAUAUGCAGAGCUUGGGUGUAAUCGAGUAUGUGCUCUUUCAAGACUACUGUACGGCGGUGACGAAUAUUGUGUCGCUGGAGAAGGAUAUGUCCCUGACGAACUCGAAGCACAUCGCCUCGAUGUUGGUGAAAAUAUUUCGUCGCAAAAAGAAUAGCCUAGUGGAUCGUAACUAGUAUUAUAGCAGUCGUGUGUGAGAAGAAGGAAUGGAGUUUAAGUAAUUAAACCAAAAUAUAUAAAAUAUUAAUAAUCAGCAUCAAAAUGCGUCGUCAUAAGUCAUUAAGAUAUGCCAAAUACAAAUAUUCACACCAAAGCAUUAAAAACCUUCUACAUAUUAAUACAUACCUACAUAAGUGAAUUCUACAAAACAUAAAGGCAUAAUUUUUCACUCUCGAUAAAACUGUAAAUAUAAUUGCAUGAGUACUAAAUUUCAAUGCUUUCGAUAGCGGCUCAUCCCUAAUACUCGAACACUCUUCUGAGACUUUGUGGGUUUUGAACAUUUGAAUAACAACAAAUGCGGGUCAAGCUGAAAAUGGCGGCAGU